UUCGUAACUGUUCGUAAUCGUUCGUCGUUCUUACGUACGGUUUUCCUAUCACCGUGUCUCACGCGCACGGUCACGCGGCGUACAGUCGUAAGCUUCGACGAGUUUCUCCGCAUCUACGGACCAAAGUCCACACGAAAUGUGCUAGCGACGUGUGCACUUCGGUAAGCAGGAAGGAGAACACGUUCGUACGAGUCGUGAGCCGAUAAACCCAAGCGAGAAACGCAGGAGGAUGCAUAUUUCCUUGAAAUACUUGAUUCCUUAAAAGGAUCUCCCGAAGGAAUGAUAGCCAAAAGAUCGAGAAACGUCCUAAAGGCGUUUCUUCUUUCUCGGACGGAUAAUCGAAGGGGAAUAUUUUUUCAAAGGGACAAGCCACUCGCCUCUGAGGUCCUAACGAAUUAUCUUCUUCAAACCAGAGAACCACCAUGGACCUCGUACUUCGUCAAAUACGCCGACGUGGUCAACGAUCAGAGGGGCAUGUCCCAUUUCAAUUGGUCCGUAGCUAACAGCAAUUAUCACGUAUUGAGGACUGGCUGUUUUCCUUACAUCAAGUAUCACUGUACAAGACGACCAAGGCAGGACCUCAGUACCGACGACAAAUUCUUCAAGGCGAUCAAGAUACUUAACCUUGGUAUCCCUACUCUGAUGUACGGAUUAGCUGCGACGUUUCUGAUACGACAUCGAGAGAUCGUAAAAACAGCUCGAGGUGACAUCACGAUUUACUUUUUACUACCGGAGGACAAAGGCUCUCUCUAUUGAUCGAAUAUAUCCAUCCGGUUACAUACGUUUGCUUAUAAAUUUAUUAAUAUAAUUUCCUGUUGAAAUCGA